AUGGACACUACAAACUACACAUCUGAGGAACCGACUGUUGAACUUCGAGUUCUUCAUAUAAUAUUGGCUUUAAUUGGCUUAUUUGACCAGUUGUUUAUGGUGAACAUUUUUUUUAAUGAGGCAAAAUAUAGGAUUUCGUGGAAGUAUCUAAUGGCUUCGAAGGCGAUUGCGGGAGCAAUCUACUGUAUUGCUCAUAUAAUUCUACAGAUCUUGAAUCUAUACGGAAUGAUCCCCAUGAAGUACUGUGUCAUCGUUAAGCUCUGCGAGACAAUCUCACUAACUUAUUCUCAACUAUUUUUCGUUACAUUAAUGUUUCGAAUUCUGCUGAAUGAAAAAAGUCAUCGAAAACUUUUUUCGUUUCUUCUCAUUGUCUUUUCGAUUAUCUUUGCUACUCUGGUCGCAUUUUAUCAAGAUUUUUGCUACAGACAUUUUAUAUUGAUUUGCUCCUUUUUUGGAGACAGGAAUGCGUGGGAUCCAGUUGUGAAUCAAUUGGCUAUUCUUCUCCCUGAUUUAUUGGUAUGCAUAGCUUUUUUAUCUUGGUCUUGGUAUGAAUCCAUUCCACAACCAACCGGACACCUCCAACAUGGAUUUAUCGCAAAAAAGAGAGAAUCUACAGUGUCCUGGUGGCUGGUAGUUUUUAAUCUUGCACUUCAUAUGGUUUUCAAUAUCCCAAAAAUGGGAAUGGUAACACGGAUUAUAUUCAAGGAUGAGAAAAAAGUUUCAGAGAGUGAAUAUUACAUUUGGAAUUUAUCCACAAUACUAUACCAAGUGAUUUCUCCUUGGCUAUGGAUUUGGACGUUCAGAAAAUUCGGGAAAAUGUACAACAAGAUGAAUCUGUCUGGAACGCAUUUAGAUUCACCCUGGUUCAGAACUGAGGAAGAUAAUAGGAUAGCAGAAAAUACCAGGGAUGAGCGGGCAAGGCAUAUGGAAGAUCAGAAAAAAGAAAAGAAAAAUAAUUCAAGGAAGAAAUGCAGCAUUUGUUGCUGGAGCAAACAAAAAACCACCCCUGUUCGAUCUUUCACACAAGAGACGAAGUACGAGAGAUUCAAACGAAUUUUUGGCAAACCGGAAAGAUAUGUUUGA